CUCCACCAUGCGGCAGAGAAGUGCCACUGUUUUACAUAAAGUCAGAUUAACGACUCAAUCUGAUUUCUUGAGUUUCCUGUCGAAGUGUCCAAUAUGGCAACCAGGUGGGGAAUCUGCAGCGCGGGGAAGAUCAGUCAUGACUUCACUGUCGCUCUGAAGACCCUUCCUCCGGAACACCACCAGGUUGUGGCUGUGGCAGCUCGUAAGCUUGAGGAUGCACAGGAGUUUGCCACAAAGCACAGCAUCUCCCGAGCAUACGGCAGCUAUGAGGAGCUGGCCAGAGAUCCAGACAUAGAUGUUGUGUACAUUGGAGUUAUCCACCCCUACCAUCUCAGCACUUGCCUGCUUUUCACAAAUGCCAAGAAGAACGUGCUGUGUGAGAAGCCGCUGGCCAUGAACUCCAAGGAGGUGAAGGAGAUCCUGGCUUCUGCCAAGAGGAAUGAUGUCUUUCUCAUGGAGGCUGUGUGGACCCGGUUUUUCCCAGCCUCAGUGGAGAUCAGGCGGCUGCUGGACCAAGGGGAGCUGGGAGAGGUUAAGAUGGUGAGAUCGGAGUUUGGUGUGCCGCUAUCACACGUGCCGAGGGCGGUUGAGAAGGAAUUGGGUGGAGGAACAAUUCUGGGCGUUGGCAUCUACUGCCUGCAGUUCACCUGCAUGGUGUACAACGGAGAGAAGCCGGAGAGCAUCCAGGCCAAGGGGGUCUGUCUGGACUCAGGAGUGGAUGAGACUGUGGUUGUCACUCUGAAGUUCUCCAGGAACAGGAUGGCCGUGUUCACCUGCUCUUCAGGUGUCAAGCUGCCCAAUGACGCCAUUAUUGCUGGCACAAAGGGAGACAUCAGGAUUCCUGACAACAUGUGGUGCCCCAUAUCAUUAGAGGUGAAUGGGAAGGAGACCCAGUACCCACUACCAGAGCCUUACCUGCCCCUCAACUUCCUCAACAGUACAGGGAUGCGUUACGAGGCAGAGGAGGUCCGACAGUGUUUGCUCAAAGGGCUGAAGGAGAGUGCAGUCGUUUCCCACGCUGACUCUCUGCUGCUGGCUGAGUUGGAGGACGAGAUUCGCAGGCAGGUUGGGGUGGUGUACAGCCAGGACAGCAAGUAAAUGCUAAGCUGGAUACAUUGACCUUGUUGAAAAGAAUCAGUUUGUGUUGGAGAAUAAAGGGUUCCUUAUGUUUUGA